AUGUCACAGCAACUAAAUACACCAGCUUCUAAUGUUUCAAUAUAUCUAAAUUCAGUUUGUCCUGGCUAUUCAGAAUUAAAUGAUAACACAUACUAUAAAUUACAAAAUAUACCCCAAUAUAUAAAAGAAAUAUCAUGGCCAAUAUCGAAUGGUAAAACUAUUAAGAAAUUACAUUUGGAUCAUAACUACUUAAACAUCGCAAGACCUCCAAUGGGACCAUUCGAAUCAACAACUUAUGUUUCAUUACCACGUCAUGUAGUUCAUAAUUUUAAUGAUAUAAUAAAACUGAUUGAAAAAGCUCAAGAAGGUAAUAUGCAUAUUGGAGCUAAUGUAAAUCCAUUAACUCAAGAUCCUUUUAGAAAUCCAAAUUUAAACCCGGGAUCUAUUACUACCAUCAUUGAUAUAAAUCAAAGAAAAUUUCAAUCAAAAAAUCCAUUUAAUAAAUUAUCAAAUAAUUUGAAUAAGUUAUUCUUGAAAAAUGAUGAGAAUUACUUGAACCUACAAGAUGAAUCUAAAAUAUUGGAUUACAAUGCAGAAGGUUUAAAUGCAAGUGACAAGUUAUUAAUAUCUUCAAAUGUAAAUGUGCUAAAUAUUUUUGGAUUAUCUGAAACUUCAAAAUUUGAACAAACUAUAGAAAAGAAAACUGAAAAUUUCACCAAAAUAAUAGAAAAACCAUUGCUAAGAAUCAAAUUUGAUGAAUCUUCAAUCAUAACAUCUUUAAUUGCAUUUACACUACAUGAAGAACCAAUAAUUGUUUUAGGUUUUCAUUCCGGUAUUAUUACAAUAAUUAAACCAAAAACUUUAAAAUUGAGAAAUUUCACAUUUAAUUCUAAUAUACUAGAAGAAUCAUUAGAAAUAAUUGGAGUUUCUUCAUUGCAUGUUAUAAAUCAUAAUAUUUACGAUUACUUAAUAGUGGUAGGUUUUUCAAAUGGUGAAGUUGCAAUAAUAAAUCCAGAAGGUAAAGAUUUAAACUAUGAGAAAAGUAUAAGUGGUAAAGAUGAAUAUGUUACUUUUUUCAAAAAAUUUGAUCUAAGUCCAUUUGCUACAGUAUGUGAUGAUCAAGUAAUUGGUCAUUUUAAAAUAAGUCAUAAACCAAUAACUUCAAUUGCGUCAACUAUGUUUAUUGAAAAAUCUAAUCAGAAUUCGGAUUUACAACCAUUAAUAAUAGCUUUUGCAUCAGCUGAUGGAUUUGUGAAAUUUAUUGAUUUAAUGUUUACUUUAAAUCUCAAUGAUUACAAUAACAAUAAUAGUAUUGUAACUGAUAUCGUAUCAAAUUAUUUCAAUAGUGGUAUAAAUGAUUUAAAAUUUAGUCCAGAUUAUAAAUUUUUCAGUAUUGUGGGGAAGGGAGAUUUAAUUGAAGUAUUUAAAAUGACUUAUUACAAUGCAAAUGGAUUAUUAAAGAGACAACAAGGUAGAUCAAGAAGUGGUACAAUAAACAGUAUAAAUUCUUUUGAGAACCAAGAAAUCAAAUAUCCACCAAUUAUAAAAUCUAUACAAAUUGUAUGUAGAUUUAAAGGUCAUACAAAUAUGGUAAAAUCAAUACAAUUCCUCAAAGAUAAUGAUGAUUCUUCAUCAAUGUAUAGAUUAAUAAGUUGUGGUAAUGAUGGUAAAAUUUUUGUCUGGGAAUUUGAUUAUAAAUCAAUUCCGAAAGUUAAAAAACCUCCACAAUCAUCUAAUCAUCAUCAACAUCAUCAUCAACAUCAUCUGAAACCAAGAGAAAGUAGAAGAUCAAUACACGAAAAGAAAAACAGUAUACCCAUAAUAACUCAUAGUCCAAGUCCAUUACCACAAACAAGAUCAAUGCAUAGAAGAAAUAAAUCUGAAGAUCCAAUUUUUAAAAAUCCUUCAUUAACUAAUUUGUUAAAUACAAAAAAUAUAAAUUUAACUACUGUUUUACAAGAUGAUGAAAAUAAACAAAGAGCAACACCAAAUGCAAAUCAAAUUGACUUGGUGAUAUCUUUAUACAAACAAUUAUUAGAUAUUAGAAAUAAAAAAGAUCCACAAAAGAAAUAUUCUCAAUAUGGUACAAUUAUAUCACCAAUAAUUAAUGAUAAGUACGUACCUUCAAUUGCAAUACCUUUAGUUACAAUUGAUUUAUCCACUUUAAUACCAGAUGGUAAAAUUGAUAAUUUUGCGUUAGAUAAAUACUCAUUUUGGUGUUUUUGUAAAAAUGGUGAUAUAUUUAAAUAUAAUAUAUUUACAUAA